CCGGCAGCAGCCGCGGUCCGGGCAGAACACUGCCACUGAGGCACCCGCAGAGCGACGCGGAGGCUGCGCGCCCACCAGUACGAUGGGCCCGCAGUGGAGAUUGCCCGCUUCCGCCGCCGCCUUGAUGUGGGGCUUCCUGCUGCCGCUGACAGCUGCCCAGGAAGCAGUCCUGCAUGCAUCUGGAAAUGGCACACAUUUACCGUCUAAGGACUACUGCAUUCUAUAUAACCCUCAUUGGACAGUGCUUCCAAGUACCCUAGAAAAUGCAACUUCCAUUAUUUUGCUGAAUCUGACUACUACACCACUGUGUAGCCUUUCUGAUAUUCCACCUGGUGGCCUAAAGAACAAAGCAGUUGUGGUACAAUGGGGAACCUGCUAUAUACUUGAAAAAGCCAGAAUUGCACAAAAAGGAGGUGCCGAAGCAUUGUUGGUUGCCAAUGACAGUGUCUUAUUUCCUCCCUCAGGGAACAGGUCUGAAUUUGAUGACGUGAAAAUACUGAUUGCCUUUAUAAGUAAAAAAGACUUUAAAGAUAUGAAACAGACUUUUGGAAGUGACAUUACAGUAAAAAUGUACUCUCCAUUGUCACCUAACUUUGACUAUACUAUAGGGGUUAUUUUUGUAAUUGCUGUGUUCACUGUGGCAUUAGGAGGAUACUGGAGUGGACUAAUUGAAUUGGAAAACUUGAAGGCAGUGACAAACACUGAAGAUAAAGAAAUGAGGAAAAAGAGGGAAGAAUAUUUAACUAUCAAUCCUCUUACAGUUGUAAUAUUUGUGGUCAUCUGCUGUGUUAUGAUGGUCUUGCUUUAUUUUUUCUACAAAUGGUUGGUUUAUGUUAUGAUAGCAAUUUUCUGCAUAGCAUCAGCAAUGAGUCUGUACAACUGUCUUGCUGCAUUAAUUCAUAAUAUACCAUGUGGACAAUGCACGAUUACUUGUCAUGGCAAAAGCAUUGAAGUGAGACUUAUUUUUCUCUCGGGACUGUGCAUAGCAGUAGCUGUUGUUUGGGCUGUGUUUCGAAAUGAAGAUAGGUGGGCUUGGAUUUUACAGGAUAUUUUGGGGAUUGCUUUCUGUCUGAAUUUAAUUAAAACACUGAAGUUACCCAACUUCAAGUCAUGUGUGAUACUUCUAGGCCUUCUCCUCUUCUAUGAUGUAUUUUUUGUUUUCAUAACACCAUUCAUCACAAAGAAUGGUGAGAGUAUCAUGGUUGAACUUGCAGCUGGACCUUUCGGAAAUACUGAAAAGUUACCAGUAGUCAUCAAGAUACCAAAGCUGAUUUAUUUCUCAAUAAUGCAUGUGUGCCUUCUGCCUGUUUCAUUAUUGGGUUUUGGUGACAUUAUUGUACCAGGCCUGUUGGUUGCAUACUGUAGAAGAUUUGAUGUUCAGACUGGUUCUUCUUCUAUAUACUAUAUUUCUUCUAUAAUUGCCUAUGCUGUUGGUAUGAUACUUACAUUUGUUGUUCUGACACUGAUGAAAAGGGGGCAACCUGCUCUUCUCUAUUUAGUACCUUGCACACUUAUUACUGCCUCAAUUGUUGCUUGGAGACGUAAGGAAAUGAAAAAAUUCUGGAAAGGUAGCAGCUACCAGAUGAUGGACCAUCUGGACUGUUCAACAAAUGAAGAAAACUCAGUGACUACCGAUGAACAGAUUGCCCAACAAUAAUAUUAUAUGGACCUGCAAUAAUGUUAUUGAUUUUCUACAAAUAAGAGUUUGACUUUUUAAUUCAGUUCCUGAAUUGACAAUUCAAAAGCAUUUUCAAUGAUGUGUUUGCAAAUAUAUAUUUUUAUGAGCUGAUACAGACAAUUAUUUCAUAGAUAAUUAAAACGCAUUUACUUUUAAUUAUGUUAAAGUUGUGCCUUCGCAUUAAAUAAAAGUAUAUGGUGUGUGUAAUUUC